AUUGUUCCCCAUCAGGGAAAGACGAAAAAGAUAUGGGAAAUUUGGCUGGACACUCCAUAUCAGCAGUCUCAUUGCUGUUGUGGUCACUGUGGGUCAUAUGGAACAAUCUGGUACGAUGGCAUCGUAGUCGGUUCGAUCCUUCCUCGCCUCCAUUCCGUGCUGGAAUGCGAUUUCCCAUUCGAGGAAGACAUGGCGUGGAUGCUGGCUUCAUCUGCUUCUGCUGUCUCGUUGGAAUAUCAGUGGAAUGUGGGAAUGCAUUGGACAAGAACUGGAAUUGGAUGUAUCCGGAAAAUUCUCAGCACAUUGCCAUAUACUUCGCCUUCUUCCUCUACUUUCUCAUCGGGACGCUGGUAGAUAAGGGAUAUCCUAUACUGCCUUACGCUGAUGACAUUUUUGGGAUAUUUGCCUUGGUUGUGGAAUGGCUCCUUUUCGCCUAUCAUACCCAUGGCAAGCUUCCCUUCGAAGUCGUGGUUCACACGUUGCUGGGAGAUGUGAUCAAAGGCGGAAUAUUAUUGGAGUUACUGAUGAUUUGGAAAAAGUCCAACAUUAUUCCGGUGCUUGGAUUUGCGUACACGUUACUCUUCCAAGCGACGUGGUUCUUCCAAAUCGGAUUGUUCUUGCAUUGGAGGAAUACCUGGGACUUCGAGAGCCAUGUGAAUAUGACUUAUGCUACUGUGAUCUUCAUUGCCCACUUGUUCCUGGAUGCCAUAUUCGUCCUCGCUCUCAGUAGCUUCAUUGAGAAGAGUGUUCGUGGAGGAGGGUGCCUUACAAAUUGCUCAGAGGAGAAGAGGAUACUGUUGUCACAAGACGAGAAGGAGGAGAGAGACGACUUCAAGAAGGGAAGAAUUCCUUGAGGAAAAGGAUGCGGAACUUGAUCGUCUUGGGAGGUGAAGGGUCAACUUUGCUCGUGCAUGUAAAAAUUCCUGUCAGAAUUUUUAUGUUUGACACUGUUGUUUAGGUCUUCUAAAAGCUACACUCUGGAUACGCAUAACUUUUCGAGAAAAAAUUUUCCUUUAUUGAUGUAGUGAGUGCCGUUUCUUCUCUCUGAAUAACGGAGGCUGAAGAACAAUUCGCACCGAAUAUUCAGGACAUCAAGUUGCAUG